AUAUGACAACAUAGUCACAUUAAGACGACGUUGACGCGAUGACGUCACAGCGUCGGGGUAAUCUAAUCGAAUUGUCAAUUAUUUCUGGUCUUGGUGAAACUGAAACUAUUUUCGGUUAAUUUAUUAUUUACUGUUUACUAACAAUUCUGAAUGUGUUAAGUAGAUCAACAAGAUGCGUUUGUAAUUUGAGUCAAGCGAUGUCAAGAUAUGGUUAAAAUAACCGAAGGCAAACAAUCUCGAUGAAAUUGAGGAUAUGAGAAUUGUUGAUUGUGGUUAUGUUUGACUUCAAAAUUUUUUGGCUGCUGUGCUUUUCAUUGUACAUUUUGCCUAGUCUAUCGGACGAAGAUAAAAGAGAAAAUGAAUUGGCAGAGGAAUUAUAUAAAAAGCUAUUUAAGCAGCAACGUGUUCAGCAAUUAUCCGCAAUAAAGAAUUUCCAAAAAUCUUCGAGUUAUGAGAAACAAUACCAAAUGAUUACGUUAAUGGCCGAGCGGAUUUUUGAUAACAUUUUAGAAAGUAGAGUAUUAAUCGAGGCUUCCCCUUUCAUACCGGGCGUAUCCGAUUUUCCAACAGACGUCGAAAUUAGAGACGCCCUGUCGAAUAUUUUAGAAAAUACCGCUUUGUUCUCGGAUAUCGUGCUACGAUUUCCCGAAAUUUCAGCUUCUCUGUUACGCCAAAAUAACAGCUGGGAUUUAGUGCUGCAGUGGGGCAUAGCGUUUUGUGAUCAAAUGAAGUACCUUUUAGAUGCUAGUACUAUAAAAUUAUUAAAACUCGUUAAUCAGGAAUUGAAUUAUGUAGAUCGUGAUCCUAACUACACAAAUCCUUACAAAAAGGCUCCUACGAAAACGGAAGAGAAACUCGAAAGCAAGCAGAAGAAAAAGAAAGUUAUCAAAAAGGGACCAAAGCUAUCUAAUCAUUUUGAAUUAUGAUUGUAAGUUGAUUGAAAUAAAAUUAUUCCAUUUAGUCAUACAAUUAAAUGCUAGUCAAUUACAUAAUUCGAAAUUUGUGUGUUUGUUUUUGACGUAUUAUAAAUAAACGAGAAAAUACAAAUUA